CGCGACGCCCACCUCCCGCCGCGCGUCGCUCAUGACCGGCCGGCCCGGCUGCCGCAAUCUAGCAAAAGCAAUCAAAUUCACUUGUCGUCUGUCAGCUUUGUUUGAUCUUUACCUCGCGGUCUAAACAAGUGUUCUAUUAAAACAUAACUAUUAUUCGAAACUGUGACCAUGGCCGACAAGGAGUAUAUUCUCGGAAUGGACAUAGGGACCACUUCAGUUAAAGUGUGUGUAUACGAUCCCGAUACGAAAGAAAUAAUUGCUAAGCAAAACAAGGAUACUGCAGCCAACAUUCCCAGUGACCAGGGCAUCGAGGGGAACAAGCAGGAUGUACCAAAAAUAGUUUCAGCUGUACACUACUGCGUGUCUCGACUGCCGAGGGAUGUUCUGCGGCAUGUUAAGAAAAUCGGUGUUUGUGGCCAGAUGCAUGGAGUGGUGCUGUGGAAGAACUCGGAGAACAAAGCUUGGGACAAAGUGGAAAAGGAUGGAAACGUGAUUAGAUUUGAAGCCGUUAGGGAGAACAUGUCGGCGUUGUACACGUGGCAGGACACGAGAUGUAAGCCGGAGUUUUUGGACGCACUGCCCAAGCCUGAUUCCCACCUCAAGUGUUAUUCAGGAUACGGGUGCGCCACGCUCCUGUGGAUGCUUAAACAUAAACCUGAGAAAUUGAAGAACUUCAACUGUUCAGGCACUGUAGAGGACUUUGUAGUGGCAAUGCUUUGCGACUUGGACGUUCCCGUUAUGUCCGACCAAAACGCUGCCAGCUGGGGUUACUUCAACACUGAAAAGAACGAAUGGAAUGUUGAUAUAUUAGAGUCGAUCGGCUUUCCGGUCAACCUCCUUCCGAAAGUUGUGAAAAGCGGGGAAUUCGUUGGUAAAUUGAAUUCUUCGUGGAACGGCAUCCCCGAAGGCACACCAGUAAGCGCGGCGCUAGGAGACUUGCAAUGUUCGAUGUUGGCGACUCUAGAAAAUAACCAGGACGCUGUCUUGAAUAUUUCAACGUCAGCUCAGCUUGCUAUUAUCGCCAAUAACAUAUCCGACCUCGGUUGCAGCACCGUUGAGCAUUUACCAUACUUCGGGAACACAUAUUUGGUCGUAGCCGCCUCGCUGAAUGGAGGAAACGUUCUCGCAACAUUUGUAAAAAUGCUACAGCAAUGGAUGCUGGAAUUCGGUUUCCCUAUUCCCCAGUCGAAGGUUUGGGAAAAGCUGAUUACGAUCAGCUCGGCCGCCCCGCCGCCGACGUCCGAAAUGAAAAUAAUACCUCAUUUAUUAGGCGAGAGACAUACGCCGACAGCCAAAGUCUCCGUGGGCGACAUUGACCUGUCCAACAUUCAUCUGGCUUCGGUAUUUCGGUCUCUGUGUGACAGUUUGAUUCAGAACUUGCACUCCAUGAUGCCUAAAGAAAUAUUACGCAACGCGAAUAUUAAAAGAAUAGUUGGGAACGGGUCGGGAUUAUCACGCAACGUAGUGUUGCAGCGAGCCGUGGAGCAUUAUUACAGUCUGCCGCUGGAGUUUACAUCGGGGGGAGAUGCAGCCAAAGGUGCGGCCGUAGCCGUGGUGGGGAAAUAAACUAUUUUAGAUAUAAUAAUUGCCCACA